AUGAUAAAUUGGUCAUAUUAUGCGUUAUUUUGUUUGGCAAUUGUCCCAUUUGCCAAAUGUGAAUAUUACAAUGAAGACAUUGGGACCAACUCCACAUUGAAUGAUAUGUGGGGAGAGGAGUGGCCUUUCAGUGGUAUACAAACUUUUGCUCAUUUACCGCACCAAAAAUGUUUGCUUGAUAUGGGAACAAAAUUUGAUAUUGGUGUCAUUGGGAUGCCAUUCGAUACUGCCGUGAGUUAUAGACCUGGUGCUAGAUUUGGACCUCAAGGAAUUCGGAAGGCAUCGCAAAGACAGAAUUCGAUGCGUGGAUUCAACUUCAGAGCAGGUAUCAAUCCUUAUAACAAUUGGGCUUCUGUUAUUGACUGUGGUGAUGUGCCAGUCACACCAAUGGAUAAUAACUUGGCUUUACAAAUGAUGACUGCCGCAUACGAUAAUUUGUUAAGUCAUGAAUCAAAGGCAGAGUCUAACGAAUUACCGCCACGACUUGUAACACUUGGUGGUGAUCACAGUAUCAUUUUACCAGCAUUACGUUCUUUGCAUAAGUUAUAUGGCCGUCUUGCCGUUAUCCAUUUCGAUUCGCAUUUGGAUACAUGGUCUCCGUCGAAAUACCCAUCAUUUUGGCAUAGUGACACUUCCGAAUUCACACAUGGAUCAAUGUUGUGGAUAGCACACAACGAAGGACUAAUAACCGAAAACUCCAACGUACAUGCUGGAUUGAGGACCAGGUUGAGUGGCACUUCCUAUGAAGAUUAUGAUGAAGAUGACCAAGUUGGUUUCUAUCGUAUAGAGGCAGAUGAGAUUAUGGACGGUGGGCCAUCAGCUAUAGUCGAAAAGAUUAAAUCGAAAAUACCAGACAAUGUCCCUGUCUACAUUAGUGUGGAUAUCGAUGUUUUGGAUCCAUCGGCAGCUCCAGGAACAGGAACAAUGGAAGCUGGUGGGUGGUUAACAAGAGAAUUGAUCCGUAUUAUUCGUCAAUUGGACCACCUAAAUCUCGUUGGUGCAGAUGUUGUAGAAGUCUCUCCACCAUUUGACCCAAGCGAAAUUACCACCCUUGCUGGUGCCCAGGUUGCUUAUGAAUUGAUCACUAAUAUGGUCAAGAAAGGUCCGUUGGACCCAGACAUGGUUAAACGUAACCUUGAAUCGAAGAACGCAAAUCAUUUCCAAAUGCAACAAAAUGAACAAAAUGUUUUACACAUUUAA